GUGAUUUCUUUCCAUCUGUUUGUUGAUUGGUCAGGAAAUAUCAUAUGUUCCCGCCUUCUUCUUUUGGAACAACUGCUAUGGAGGGUUGUACGGUUGUACACGUAUUGAUUAAUGUAAUUACGUAAUUCUUGAUCGUUCUUUCUCCUUCUCUCUCGUUCUAGAAACACCGGCACAUUCUGGAAAUUUCUUGACUCUUCUGUGCUUUAAUAAAAAUGAAUUUUAGACGACAACCUUUUCAGUUCACUACGAUAGAUCCUGUGAAACGCCAAGCUGAACUUCAAAAGCGAUUUGGAUUACCUACAGCAAAUAGUGAAAUGUUUGUCGAUUUCUUAAAUCCAGGCAUUAUGGGUUCUGGGGUUAAAAAGCCUUCACUUGGUGGCAGUCCGAGAUUGCAGCAUAGAGUGCCCAUUUUCACUGAAAAAGCAGCGAAGGAUAAUUCUGAGCAGAAUGUGGAUGGUAAUCAUAAACCUAGAGUGAGAGUCAUCCCAAUUCAGGUGGAAGGCGUUGAUGGUGGUAAACGUCAUAGAACUUUUUCUGGUCCAGCUGGUAUAAACAAUGGAGAUAAAGACAUUUGUAAAGGAAAGCUUCAAGAGUCAUUCCCACACCUAGAUUCUUCUGAACUUGAAGAAAAGCCUAAGGGACCAAGUCAACCUAGAGUGUGUAACAUUCCUAUUCAGAUAGAACCAAGAGAGGUGGAAUCUAAAGUUGAUUCAAAUGCAGAACCUAGAGAAAAAGAGCCUAGUGUAAAUCCAAGCCCAGCAGCACCCGAACCUGUAAAGAAAUUAAAAGCAGAGCCGAAUGGUUGUGCUGCAAGCAGUGGGACAAAAGAGGAACCUGGUAAGGCUGUUCCAUUGAAACAGAUAGAAGUUGUGCUUAAUAAAUUGAAACUGUAUACAGAGGAAGUUGAGAAAUUUUCAGGUACAUCUAAAGAUAAGCAGUAUAGGUAUCUUGAUGAAAUGCUUACGAGGUGUAUGUUGGAUUUGGAUAAUGUUGACACAAUGGGACUUGAUGAAAUCCGUAAAGUGAGAAAAGAAGCUGUUAGACAAGUGCAACACUAUGUUGAUCUCCUAGACACUAAAGUCAAUGAGCCUGUGGUGAAGAUGGAUAGUGAUUCUUCUCUUGUUGACAAUCUAAUAGCAGAUUCCGAAGAUGAACAAAUGGUUUGUGAUGUUCCGACUGAAAUCAAAGAUGAUACGAAAGACUCAAGUGUAUCUAGUGACAUGAAUAAAACAAAUAUCACUGGUGAUGUUGAGAUGGCAGAAGAAAAAAGUUUGAGUGAAUCUGUUCCUGAAGUUGCUGAGAGUAUUUCCACCCAAGAUUGUGAAAAUGAAGAGGUAGUGGAUUGUCUUAAAACAGAAGAUGAAAAUAUGUCCCCCAUACAUGCAACAGACUGUGAAAUGAAAGACUCUAACAAAUCUGGUAUUGUUAUUGAGGAAUUGGAUGAUGGAGCAGAUGUUGGUACUUCAGAAAUAGGUGGAAAUGGGUCUGUUUGUGUUGUAUCAGACUCUCCUGAACAUAAUGUUAAAGAUACAAUAAUUGAAGAAUGUGAAUCUGAAGUAGUAAUUGAAGAGGUGGAGGACUCGGGUGAAAAAAACAUUGAACAUUCUAUAAAUGCUUGUGAUAGUUCUAAUACAAACAUCUCCAAAGGAUUUACAAAUUUGCAGAGAAAUACGAUAGAUUCCAAAGAGCUAUAGAUAAUGUCAUUCGAAUAGAACUUUAACUAAUUUUUUUUUAUUUAUCUGUAUAUAUGCACAAUUGAUUUCCUUAUUUAUCAAAGAUAUUGCUGUUUAUUUUGUAAAUAUGAUGUUGUAAAUAGCUUACAUCUGAAAUAAUAAACAAGAUUUUUUUUAAGAUU